CAAUUAAUCUCAAAAGUUAAAUAACUGUGAGAAAGAUCGGAUGGCACAUAUGUGAAAGUCAUAAUUUCGUUUGCACAUGAAUUUUCACUUAACAUAUUUCUUAAAUUAAUUAUAAAUUAUAUUAGUAUAAAAAUGAGUGGAAAUACAGUGAAAAACCAGUAUUUAGCUGCUGCGUGUGUAAAUAUUGCAUCAAUAUCUUAUGGAGCUUUCUGUGGUUGGCCCUCAGCCGGUUUUCUCACACUUCUUUCAAAAACUGACACUCCCUUUAAGCAAGGACCAAUGACAAAUGAGGAAGCGUCAUGGGUAGGAGCGAUGUUAUGUGCUGGAGGUUUUGUCGGAAGUCUUCUUUUCUCCUGGAUUGCAGAGCAAUGUGGAAAGAAAACAGGACUGCUUUUAAGUGCAUUGCCUUCAUUGCUUUGUUGGCUUCUCAUUCCCUUUGCAACGAAUGUAAACUAUUUACUAGCAUCAAGAUUCUUUGGAGGAGUUGCAGGUGGUGCAACAUUUUCAUUAGUUCCGGUUUAUGUUACUGAAAUAACAGAAGUUCGAGUUCGUGGAACUAUUGGAUCAUUUUUAGUUCUAUCAUGCAAUUUUGGUAUCCUUAUAGCAUUUGUUUUGGGAAAUUUUCUAUCGUACAAGGCUGUUCCUUUGAUAUUGGCUUCAUUAUCAGUGAUGUUUUUAAUUAGUGUUAUUUUCUUGCCCGAAACACCACAACAUUUGAUGAAAUCAAAUAAUUAUGAGGGAGCUGAAAAAUCAUUACGAUACUUUCGAAACUAUGGAGAAAAAUCGAAGGAACUAAAUGAACUGCUAAAAGAAGAGUUGGAAAAACUUAAUGAGAGUUUUAUGGAAAAUAAAAAAGUUGAAUCAACUCAUGAUAGUGGUCCAUUAGAAUUAAGAGAUUUCACUAAUCCCAUAGCACGGAAAGCUUUUACGAUUGGGAUCGCACUGAUGGCAUUAAAUCAGUUUUGUGGAUGCUUUGCUAUGCUCAAUUACACUGCAACUAUUUUCAAACAAGCUGGGUCUAGCUUAUCACCCAAAACGUCCGCUAUCAUCGUUGGUUUUAUACAGUUGAUUGGUUCUUACAUAUCAACUAUGCUUGUGGAACGAGCUGGAAGAAAGGUUCUGCUUGCAACUUCAGCAAUUGGAACUGGUUUUGGAUUAUGCUCGCUGGGACUUUAUUCAUAUCUCAGUGAAAAUGGUUAUCAAAUGGAAGGUUUGAAUUGGAUUCCAAUUGCAAGUUUUUCUGUUGCUGUGUGUGUGGGGUCAAUGGGAGUAUUGACCCUUCCAUUUUUGGUUGUUUCCGAAAUAAUGCCCCCGAAAAUUCGCAAUAUUGGUUCUAUGAUUUGUAUGGAAGUCUUAUGGAUUUUUGCUUUUCUCGUACUCAAAUACCUUCCUUUGAUGACACUUUCUCUGGGGAUGCAUGGAACUAUGUAUGUUUUUGCUUGUUGCUGUUUUGCAGGAGCGAUAUUUGUAAUUUUAUUUGUACCUGAAACAAAAGGCAAGAGUAUUGAAACAAUUAUGAAAAUGCUUGAAUAGAUUUUUGUUGUAGUUUUUAAAUGUAAUUCAAAAAAGAGAUUUGAUUAUGCAUAAUAAAAGUUUUUUGUCAUAUUUU